AUGUAUGAGCGCCUCCAUACCUCUCCUCAUCAUCAAUCGUUCCUCCACCGGUUGUUAUCCACCGUACGUCGUCCUCCUUGUGACCGACCACCAGAAUCACCGUCCACCGGACGCACCGACCACCGCACCGACCAGAAGCUCCCACCUUCACAACCAUCGACGGACACAAAUGCUCCCCUUCAACACACGGCAUCUUCCUUCUGUUUGACCGAUUUUCCUUCUCCUUUUCCUUUCAGAGAACGGAGGCUGACGCCGGUAUUCACCGGAACAACCUUUACUGUUGCUGGAGAAUCUUUAGCUAGGAGUCGAUUACAUAUAUCUACCAAUUGA